GACUCUGGAGACUGGACUUCGCUCGUUCGUGCACCUCACUGCUUCCUCUGCAACCAUGUCUGGCGAACCCAAUAUGGCUGAGAUUGAGAAGUUCGGUAAAUUGAAAUUGAAGAAGACAGAGUCUCAAGAGAAAAAUCCACCCCUUUCAAAAGAAAUGAUAGGACAGGAGAAGCAAGCAGGCAAAUCAUAGUGAGGCAUGCACUGCCAGAUACGCACUGUACAUUCCACAAGCAUUGUCUUCUUAUUUUAUUUCUUUUAGCUGUUUAACUUGGUAAGAUGCAAAGGGGUUGGAUCAAGUUUAAAUGGCCAUGCUGCCCCUUUCACAUCAAAGAACCCAGAACC